ACUAUUAUGUAUUCUAUUAGGUCCUAAGAAUACAAACUUUAAAAUGAGACAGUCCCCAAUCUCAAAGGGCUAUAUACUAAUAGGCAGAGACAAUAUAUGUAGGAAAAAUUGCAGUCAGAAAAGUUUUGCUUUGGUCAGUCACAGGAAGCAAAAUAGAACCAUAAUUAAGGAGGUCAAAUUUCACAACUUUCUCACAAUCUAGGGAAUAAUUAAAUAACUAACUUAAUUAUUCUUCCUAGAAUAAGAGGUGGAAAGGACUGGAAGAUUGCUGUUGUAAUAGGGCAAGUGAAAGAUCGAUGGGGUGGAUGGAUGUGACACAACCAGGGGCUGACUAGAGACAAGGUUAGAUGAAUUAAUACUCCACAUACUGGUAGUAACAGCUGAGGAUGGAAUUCCAAAGCUGAGUGGAUUAAGUACUUUAAAAUAUCUAGAAAUCUGUAGCAGGGAAGAUAAGAUGUCCAAAGUCAAUAAUGGCAUUCAGGUAAUGUGGAUGUGAUAGAAUUCAUGACCAACUGUUGGCUGACAUCGAAUACUUCUGAGGUACGCUCCAUAAGUGAAUUUCUGUAAUUCUUAUUCAAAUUUUCUCCUAGGAAAACAUGGAGAAUUUCAGAAUACUUAUUUCAUUUUAAGAAUUCAACAAAUGCUUCAUAUCUUGGUAUUCAAGUCAUUUUCCUGGGCAUUCAUUAUUUCUUUCCAUGUAAUCUUUCCAUUAUAUGUUACUUCAACAAAUAGAAUCAAUGAUCUUUUUGUUUUUUAAGAUACUUAGUAAAGUGUUCUGCUACUGGUUAGUGUUCAGUAAAUAUUUAAAUUUAUUCCAUUAGUUAUCUCAUUAUCAACAAAGCUUCUCACUCUGGAAAGAGAGACAAGUUUUCCAUAAAAAGGGCUUAAAUUGGGAUAGAAUAGAUAGGAGCAAAGAGAAGGAGGGCGUCAUCUGGAUUAUUUCUGACCAGUUGUUGGUUCUCCUUAGAAGAGGAUCAAUGACAUCAUGAAGUGACGUUUUGACAUCUAGGAGAAUUAGAUUUAAGUGAGGCAGAGUUGCAGAGUCAUCAAUCUCAUUAUCUUCCAGUCAUCAAAAUCCAGUAUCAAGACAAGAGUCAAGAUGACUAGAGAUGGUCAGAGAUGCAGUGGAUGGAUGACCUUGAUUCUUUGAUGCCCCACCAAGCUCUAAGCACCUGUUUCAGUCCUCCUCAUGGACCUUGCAACAAAUAGUUCUAAUCCACUUCUUUUGCCCAGGGAAGUUUUCACGGGCAUGGGAUAAACACCACCCCCCAAUUCACCAACUGGUUUGGCCCAUCUGCCCAGGGUGUGGCCCCUGAGCGUGUUCAGGUUUCUUGGAGCCACCAGUGAGAGUUGUGAAAGACCCAGAAGAUGCGGGAGCAGCCUCACACCAGGAAGGCUAGGGGUCCUUGAACAUGCGUAGUAAAUAAUCAAAAUGGAACUUUAGCCGCUUAUCUUAUGCUUAUCACAAAAUCUUUCCUAGUAGAAAGGAGGAUGUAGCAGUGGGAUUUUUUUUCCAAGUUUCAGAUGGGCCUUAGAAGUUCCUUCCAAGGCUAAGAGUUUAUGAUUAUUAAAAAUUUCCAGUGUUUAGUUCGUUGAGUGCCAAAAAUAAUAAUAAAUGAGGAAAAAGGGAGGAAAUUUUAUUCCUCUCUACUGAAUUAAUAAUUAUCUUAGAGCGAUCCAAUUCUCCCUGAAAGUGCCGAUGAGGGCGCAGCUAGGUGGCGCAGUGGAGAGCAUUAGCUCCGAAGUCAGGAGGACCUGAGUUCAAAUUUGAUUUCAGACAGUUAACACUUCCUGGCUGUAUGACCCUGGUCAAGUCACUUAACCCCAGUAACCUCACGGGAAAAAGAAAGUGCAAGUGAAAAUUAACAAUUUGGCAUCCGAAUCUUUCCUGCCGGUAGCCUUUUUCUAGAAGUUGUUCCCCUUUAAGAAGCCAGACUGCCUAAAGAGCCCCCUCCCCUUUUCCGCUUCCGCUUCCGUUCUGACCCCGCCAGGGGCUCGGUCUCUAGUGGUCGGAGUAGCUUCGGGUCGCGGAGCUUCCCUACUUUCUCCGCCCUUCCUCUGUUAGCUACCACUUCAGCUUCAGUCUCGGGUUCUACAGCUGCGUCCUGCGUUGCUACAGCAGCAGCAGCAGAAGGAGGCGGCGGCUGCUGCAGCAGUUGCAGCCGUAACACCCGCAGCUCGGGCCGCAGCGUCCACCCUCGCGGUCUAUGGCAUCUCGAUCCCCGACCCCGCAUUCCCUGCUGGCCUCCUCAGCCUUCCGUGGCGUGCGGGCUGUGCUGAGGAGCCGCUACCGCGAUGUGCUGGGUCUGGCCGAGUUCGUGCAGCGCCUCGGCCCAGACGUGCGGCUCCAACGCAGCGAGGACCCCGAGGUCUUCCAUGUUUUUGUGUCCCAAUGCGUGGUGUGCGUGCCUUGGGAUGCUCGGCCCCUCCCCAGGCCUUUCACCUUUCAGCAGUUGUCUUCCCAGAAGGAGGUGGUUGCUAGAAUUGUCCAGAGGAUUUGUGAAAAGAAAAAAAAGAAUAUUCUGGCUUUUGGUUAUACCCUAUUAGAGGAAAACAGAAUGCCAUUGCCAGUUAUGUUUACGACAAAUGUCUACAACUUCCAUCCUAACACGAUAACAGAAACAAUUAGUGUUAGUGCUUUGUGGGAUUUGCUUCUGAGCAGGAUAGGAGAUGAUGUGAUGAUGUAUAUGUUAGAGCACUGUUCCAUUUUCAUGAUGGUACCCCCAAGCUGCUCUUACCAGAUCUCUGGGCUACCUAUCUAUGAACUCUGUUUAAAAGAUUCUGAUUUCCCAUCUGGGUUCACACGGAGAAAAUAUCCAAAGCAGAAACCAGAUGCUCCACAUGAUAAUAUCAAAAAGAUUACCUUCCACAAAAAAUCCUUGGUCAAAUUAGAUGUGAGGAAAGAGAUGCUCAGAUCCAAAGACAAGGCCUUAAAAGUUUCAGGUCAAAAUCAGAAGAAUGCAGAGGAUCUGGUAGACAAACCUCUUCAAGAUUCUUGUGGGACUGAUCAGGGAUCUAAUGCUCACCAAGUAGAAAAACAAGACGGAAUCCAUUCAGUACAUUCCAUGACAGCUGUAUUAUCAAAAAGGCAAAGGGGAGAUGAAGAGGAAAGUGAAAUCUCAGCAAAGCGGCUAAAGAAAGAGGAGUACCUUCAUGAAAAGAGAAAAGAGCUGGUCUUGGGACAGGGUUGUGAUUUUCAUGAGAAUGAGUCUAAUUCUAAUAAUGCUGAGAACGUGACCCAAAGAUCAAAAGAAAUCUCUUCAAGGCAUUUCUCCAGUAAGAAAUCUGCUCUUAAAGGAGAUGGUGGUGAGGCAAAAUGUUUCACAGAGACCAAGGAUAGCCUCCCCCUUUUGGAAAAUAACGAUGAGGAUUUAGCAUGCUGUGAUUCUUCCAUUAUCAAAUCUACCUCUGAAGACAAAAUAGAAGCCAAAUCUUCAGAAGGUUUGGUUGGACGACCUAAACCAACUGAUGCCAUUUUCUCACGUGUUCUGUGUCCUGAGAAAGAACCACCAAAGAGACUGAGAAGUGCUUCUGGUUCCAUUAUAUACAUUAACAGGAAACGUUUCUUGUAUUCUGGCCGUAACUUCCGAGAAUGUUUGCCUGCAUCAUUUAUGCUGAAUCGUUUACACGAUUCACUAUCUGGGGGUCAAAGGCUAGUAGAAACUAUCUUCUUAAACUGUCAUCUCUUUGAGCUGAAAGGUGACCCACAUCAGCAGAAGACCCUCUGGAAAAAUAGACGACUCCCUAAACGUUAUUGGCAGAUGCGGCACUUGUUUAAGGAAUUGAUACAGAACCACCGAAAGUGUCCUUAUUUCAUGCUUCUAAAAAAGAACUGUCCCCUGAGAUUUUCAGCAGCCAAGACAGAUCCUGCUAACCAGCUAAAGACGCCACAGGCCAUUGCUUCCAAUCAUUUAACCAAAUCUGAGGAAAUACAGCAUCAGAUCCAAGAUGGAGGCCAGCAGCAGGAACAGAUAUCUGACGUUCCCCCGAGCUGUGAAAGUAGCAUCAUGAAGGAGCCUAGUUGCUUACUUACAGAGCAGACACCUGAUAAAGAAUCGGUCCUUUCCAGUAAAAUGUCUAAAAAACCACCAUCAGGAUCAGACACAGUUAGGAAGGCAGUGUUCCCAGGCAAGGAUGGUAGUGAUGUCUUACAGCUCCUCAGUUGGCACAGCAGCCCUUGGCAGGUGUAUGUGUUUCUGAGGGAGUGUCUUCACCGUUUGGUGCCCACUGAACUCUGGGGAUCAAGUCACAACAAGUGCCGCUUCUUUAAGAAUGUGAAGAAAUUCCUCACUCUGGGAAAACAUGACAAGUUUUCUCUUCGGGAGCUGAUGUGGAAGAUGCGAGUAAAGGAUUGUGCUUGGCUUGCCCUGGCCAAAGGGAAUCAUUUUGUUCCAGCCUCAGAACACCAUUUACGUGAAGAGAUCUUGGCCAAAUUUGUAUACUGGUUGAUGGACACAUAUGUAGUUGAGUUGCUCAGGUCUUUUUUUUAUGUAACUGAGACAAUGUUCCAGAAGAAUAGACUCUUUUUCUACCGGAAGUGUAUUUGGAGCAAGCUGCAAAAUAUUGGCAUCAGAAAACACUUUGAUAAAGUACAUCUUAGAACACUAUCAGAAGAGGAGAUAAAGAAAAAUUUGGAAGCAAGAUUUAUCUGCCUGGCAUCUAGACUUCGAUUCAUCCCCAAACCCAAUGGACUUCGACCAAUUGUAAAUGUAGACAGCGUCAUUGGAGCCAAAGUAUCCAAUAAGGGAACCAAAGAUAAGAAAAUAAGGUGUUUUAAUGGCCAGCUUAAAAACCUGUUCAGUGUUCUUAAUUAUGAACGGACUCUUCACCCUGAAGUCUUGGGUUCUUCUUUGUUUGGGAUUGACGGUAUUUAUCAAGCUUGGCGGCAGUUUGUUCUCCGAGUGAAGCAAUCCAAGGACAAAGUUUCCAACUUUUACUUUGUAAAGGCUGAUGUGACAGGCGCUUAUGAUACUAUCCCCCAUGACAAGCUCGUGGAAGUGAUCUCCAGUAUUAUUAAGCCGGAGGAGAAGAAAAUCUACUGUAUCAGACGUUAUGCUGUAGUCCAGAAGAAUGCCCAUGGAAACAUCCAGAAAUCCUUUAAAAGACACGUUUCCACUUACAAGGAUGCCUUGCCUUAUAUGAAUCAGUUUGUGGCACAUUUGCAAGAAACCUCUUCCCUGCAGAAUGCCAUCGUGGUUGAACAGAGCUGUUCCUUAAAUGAGACCAGCAUCAACCUCUUCACUUUCUUUCUGCAUUUGAUUCAUAACAGCAUCCUAAAGAUCAAGAACAAGUACUACGUCCAGUGCCAGGGAAUUCCACAAGGCUCUAUUUUGUCCACUCUGCUGUGUAGUUUAUGCUACGGAAACAUGGAGAACAAAUUAUUCCCUGGAAUUCAGCAGGAUGGAUUGUUGAUCCGACUAAUUGAUGACUUCCUGCUUGUGACACCUCAUUUAACACAAGCCAAAACCUUCUUAAGGACUCUGGCAAAAGGUAUUCCUGAGUAUGGCUGUUUAAUUAAUCCUAAGAAGACGGUGGUGAAUUUUCCUGUGGAAGAGGAUAUUCUAAGUGAAUCUGACUUUACCCAGUUACCAGCCCACUGCCUAUUUCCAUGGUGUGGUUUAUUACUCGAUACAAGGACCCUAAAUGUGUUUUGUGACUAUUCCAAUUAUUCCCGUACUUCCAUUAGAACCAGCCUUUCCUUUGACCACAGCGUCAAAGCAGGGAGGAAUAUGCGGAACAAGCUGGUUGCCGUGCUCAGGAUGAAGUGUCACGGUUUAUUUCUGGAUUUACAGGUGAAUUGUCUUCAAACUGUCUACAUAAACAUUUACAAGAUAUUUUUACUACAGGCCUACAGGUUUCAUGCAUGUGUUCUUAAGCUACCAUUUAAUCAGCAAGUCAGAAAGAAUCCUGGUUUUUUUCUCUCAGUUAUUUCAGACAUUGCAUCUUGUUGCUAUUCCAUUCUGAAAGCCAAGAAUCCAGAAGUUACACUGGGUGCCAGAGGAGCCUCGGGUCCUUUUCCUUUUGAAGCAGCAAGAUGGCUGUGCUAUCAUGCUUUCUUGAAUAAGCUGGUGAAUCACAAGAUAGUCUAUAAGUGUCUUCUGGGAACUCUCAAAACGAGCAAACUGCAAUUAUUCCGGAAGAUUCCAAAGUCUACAAUGCAGAUGCUAAAGGCAGCAUCAGAUCCAUCACUCUCUCAAGACUUCAAAAUGAUAUUAGAUUAGUUGUUUGAGUCAUUCAUUUCUCCAGUGUUGAAUUGAGAUGAAUAACAUGUUACAUUAAAGUGUCCCUUUUUCCUGCCUCAGA